UUGCUGAAGGUCUCGUCUAUGCUUCAGAGGACCCCUGAUCAGGGAAAGAAGUACUUGCGUGAUGCAGAUCGCCAGGUUCUGGCGCAAAGAGCCUUUGUGCUCACAGUGAAGGUGCUGGAGGACACGCUCAACGACCUGACGCAGGUUUCAGAAGAUCAAGUUUCCAAGUCUUCUAACUUUGCUUCAGGAAGGAUGACAACAGACGUCUCUAAUAAAACUAGUGCUGAAGAGGGGAAAGAUGUCCUUCCCAAAAAGCCAGUUUUGUCAGAUGGAGUCGUUCAUAGUACUGAAAAUGGAGUAAAAGAAGGGACCCAGGGACAAAUCCCCAAUGCUAUGGACAUAUUGGAACCAGAGAACAAGAAUGACAAAGAAAUUAAAGAGCUCCCUAGGCCCAGUUCAGUGGAGCCUAUGGAUCUUGAUGGAUAUUCCAAUGACCCAGAAAAACUUGAUUCUUCAUGUAAACGUGGUGAGCCAGAGCGUCCUCAGACUGGCAGGAACCCGAAGGAGAGAGCCCCAGAGAGCCGGACUGCAGAGCUCUCUUUGGAGGAGCUAAGUAUCAGCUCAAAACAGCAGCAGGCAGCUAAAGGAAUAGUCCAGGCAGUACCUGUAGAGGAACCUGUGCAGAGAGCAAGCAGGAAGAGGAAGUUACUUGAGGAUGUAGAGUCUGGGAAAACACUUCUACUUGAUGCUUAUCGAGUAUGGCAACAAGGUCAGAAAGUUAUGGCCUAUGACCUGGGUAAAAUUGAGAAGAUCAUGUCGGAAACAUACAUGCUGAUUAAACAGGUGGAUGAAGAAGUAGCACUUGAGCAAGCAGUCAAGUUUUGCCAGGUGCAUAUGGGAGCCUCAGCACAGAAACAGUCCACAGGAGAAACCCCCACAACCCCAAAGCAUACAAAGGAAAAUAGAGAGAACUUCUUUCCAGUAACACCAGCCACACUGCAUCCUACGCCAGUGAAUCCAGACACUGUGACUCCUGAAAAUCUCCUGAGACUGAAUGACCUGCAUUCCAAACCCAAACCAGCCUCUUCCUCUUCAUCCUCCUCCUCUUCAGCAUCUUCUUCAGUGCCUCCAUCCCAAGAGUCGCACAGGGACACUGAGCAUCUCCGGAAUCAGAAUGCAGAGGCUGCUCCCAGCAUGUGUGAUGUGGCACGGGAGGAAGAAGAGCUUGAAGUGCCUUUGGAGGGCCUUGGAUUUCAGCAGCAAGAGUCACGACUUUGCCAGCAAAUGAAAAUGGCUACGGUUGCCCCCUGCCCAGAACCCGUGUGCUGGCAAGUGGAAUCAGUGACCAGCACAAGCUCAGGAUAUGUUUCUACUCAAGCCUCCAGUUCCAAGCCUGAGCUCAGCUCCAGCUCACAGACCUUGGGAAGUCAGCAGAGCAAGACAGAUGGCACCCGUGUAAAAACUCGCGUUCUGCCCAACAUGCCAAAGCUUUUCAUACCUUCAUCUAUCACCAAAUUUCCACCUGAGAUCACUGUCACUCCACCCACUCCCACCCUCCUUUCUCCAAAGGGCAGCAUUUCAGAAGAGACCAAGCAAAAAUUAAAGUCUGCUAUUUUGUCUGCUCAGUCUGCAGCGAAUGUAAAGAAGGAGAGCCUUUGUCAGCCAGCUUUGGAAAUCUUAGAGACUUCAAGCCAGGAGUCCUCACUGGAAAGUGAUACUGAUGAAGAUGAUGACUACAUGGACAUAUGAAUGAAUUAUGGCCAUCACCAACACCAACCAUAUAACCAUCCUUCUUGUUGCCAACAUCUCUGACAGGCAUCUUCGUUGGCAUCAUUCUCCAUUUAAUCUACAUCAUUGUGUUCCUCACGUCCAUUACCUUUGUUACCACCACUACUGCUUGUAUUGCCUUCACAAUCUUCGCCAUUCUCCCCAUCGUGGUGCUUGACAGAAGGAAUGAUUGUUUACCGGGCAGUUAAUUCACUUGGACUGUGUCACCCUUAACUUCAGCAAACACAAGAAUGUUUUGAGCUGCAACUCGCAUCUCUACUGUUCCUGCUUCAAAACAGAGCCUUGGGAGCCUGUCCAGUGGCUCUUUUCUACAGCAUUUUUCUACCUUUUAGUUGUCUUUCAUUUCCCCACUGGCUUAAGUUUUCCUCUCACAGCCUAGUCUCUGUCUAGCCAUGCCAUGA